AUGGCUUCCUCCCUCGCCGCCCAGCUGUCGCAAGUUGCGGCUAAGUCGACCAACCAGUUGAACCUGAAGGCGCAGAGACUCGCGCAUUCGCAAUCGCUUAUUUUCGACAGGAAGGUCGCUGGUUCGCAGGAUUUUGAUACCGUCUUCGAGAUUUGCUAUGAAGGUUUCCAGGAAUUAUGCCAGUUGGACUCCCGGUACACGAGCUUCGAGCGCACUAUUUUCAGCGAGCAGAGCAAGGCGGAGGACCGGACAGAGAUGACGGCUGCUCAGAAUCAGGAGCUGGAUACUGUGAUAGAGGCUUUUCUUGCUCUCGUUGGGGGGAGGUUACUGCUGAGCCCGGCUGUCAAGGCCGUGGAUUGGCUCGUCAGACGAUUCCGGAUUCAUGAAUACAACACAGGAGCCGUUAUUUUGACCUUCCUUCCCUACCACACCACGCCUCUUUUCCUCAACCUGCUGUCGAUCCUUCCCGAGACUCUUCCCCCGACGUUCAAAGUGCUUAAUCCUUACAAGAGAGGCAUGAUCAACCCGCCGCGGCAUCCUCUCGUGCACAGCGCUACGACAAAUAGAGCGUUUUUGACGGACCUAAGCAACUAUGUUCUCCAAACGAGCCGGAUACGAGCGCAUCACCACGCGCUUUUGUCGUUUUGGGCAGGUAUCAUGACGGAAGCUGUUGCCGGAAUGUUGGACGCUGCACGUUCGGGACGGAGAGGCGUCGAAAAGGAAAAGCACGAGGAUAUCAUUUUGCGGGUGCUCCCGGUGUUGAACGAUGCGUUUACCAUGAAGGAAGUUUCGGAAUUGGUCAUUGGAUGCUACAUGGUCACCGUGGUUUUGGCGCAGAAAGCUGAUCUGCAGGAUGAGGUUCUCGAUACGCUGAUGGAUGCGGUUGUCGGUUCGUGGACAAAGGAAACGAUAAGCUCCGGUCUUGUCUGCGUAGCCGUGCUUGCGCAGCAGAAGUCCAACACAACCAUCCCGAAGAAGGUGUUCAAGGAAAUCCUUCGAUUGGACAACCCGGUCAAGGAGUUGGCGGAGAUUAGAUCUCAGUACCCGUCAUCCAACCUGCUGCUGGGAGUUGUGGCCAAGUGCGUCGAAGAUCUGACCACGCAAAAGGACUCCGCACGUCUCGAUAUGCUGUCCGUCAUUUUCCAGAACCAGCUUCUCGAAGAGUCCGAUAUGAGCAAGGGAAUGGGCAUGGUUCUCCAUGCUGCAAGCAAUGCUCACAAGGAUGGCGCAAUGCCCCUCGAUAUCCAGACUCGUCUCUCCGACAUCGUGCAAGUGUUUGGCCAAUCCGAGGCCCUUCAGCCGAUCUUCCAGCGUGCCAUUGCGGAAUCUACUCUCGACAAGACCGCUUUGGAACACAACUUGCAAACGGUCAUUGAAUCUGCUCCUGAACCCAAGGCAAUUGAGGAUGUGGAAAUGGGAGAUGCAGAGGAGGAAGAGCAGGACAACUUCACGCCAGCCCUCGAGUCUCUGUCCAAGAAAACCCCCGACGGAGCUUCAUUCUUGAGUGCGCAAUCCGUUCCUUUGUUCGAUACCCUUGUCCAGACCUUCGCUCUCGCUGCUGGAUCUCCGGAGAAACUCGAUGCUUUCACGAACCUGCCUGUCCUCGACAAAUCCAAUGCGACCAAGACACCGCGAUUCCUCUCGUUCUUCGCCAGAGUAUUCACGGGCCCGUAUCCGAUUGGCACCAAGGUUGCUGCUCUGAGCGCGGUCUCGUCCGUCGUCGAGUCGGCGUCUGAUUUGGAUUGGCAAGGAUUGCUGCCUUUCUUGCUCAUCGCGCUGGCUGACCCAUCCGAGAGAAUCCGUCGGGACACUGCUGGUGUUCUGGCUAUUGCUAGCGGUGCAUCCAAAAAGGGCAAGAAGGAUGACGGCAAGAUUUGGGCACAGGAUAGCCUCUAUGGCCAGGACAAGUCGAAGAAUAUCCAAUGGGUUGCCGGUCGCGAUAUGCAGAAGAUCUUCGAGCGCGCUUUCCUUCCCGGCUUGGAGGAAUAUGUCCUCGAUGCCGGCCAUGUGAGUAAGGUGUUGGAGAACACACUACGCUCCACUGGCAAGGACUCGGGUGCAUCUGAUCUCAAGAAGCCCGUUCGACUGAGCCUUUUCACCUUCCUUUGCUCCCAUGCCGUUAACGUCCCGCUGUUCGCACCGAAGGUCGCCUUGCUCAAGCUACUCAACAACAUCGACAGAACUGGCGGUACAACCCGUACCAAGGAAUUGCAGCCUGUUCUGGGAACGUGGCGUGAAUUAAGUGAGACUGAUGCCAAACGCAUUUGUGAAAAGGAGCGCUUGUCUGUCCCUGAAGUGGAGGAGCAGAUUAUCCUGACCGUUACUCCUAAGGAGAAGGAUGCCAUCACGCUUCUCUUGUCCUACGUGACUACUGGAUCGGAAUCCCCGAGGACAUCUUUGGUCGUUGCCAUCUUUAACCGCAUGAAGAACAUCUGGUCGCGAAUCCCCGAAGACCGUCAAUUCGAGGCUGCAGAGAAGCUGUUCGAAAUCUCCCUUGGGUUAUCAGCAGGCGAGAAGUCUCUUGCUAGUAACUGCAGGGAUGUCCUUCGCAGCGUCGAGCUGUCCGGAAGCAUUCUUCUCAACUUCUUGCACCAAAUCCCUGUUUCCCUUACUGACGUGGAAUCACUCGGACCCGCACCUAAGAGAAGACGCACCAGCCAAAGCAACAUGGUCGCAAUGACCGUCAAGGACGAAGCGGGACUCAGCAAGCUCAUGGACAAGAUGACCUUUAUCCUGGAGCUUGUCGACAGCUCGACUCCCGAGGCUCAUCCGGAAUUGGCAGAUGGUCUGUUCCAGACCCUCGCCGCUCUUCUUCAGUUCAAGUCGCAGAUCCAGUCUGGAAUGAGCUACCUGCUCAGCUUGGCACUCGGAAGCCUUUUGGCCAUUGUCAACCGCUCGAGGCAAUCCGGCAAGCCGCAGUUCGACACUUCCGUCAUUCGCGCCGACCUGGUCGUCGACUGUGUCCGCACCACCGAGAGUCCCCAGGUGCAGAACUCCGCUCUUCUUCUUGUGGCCGGACUGUCGUCUGUCGCCCCUGAAUUGGUCCUCCACAGCGUCAUGCCGAUUUUCACGUUCAUGGGUUCUAGCGUCUUGAGAAAGGAUGAUGAGUACUCAGUUUCCGUGAUCGACCAGACGAUUGAUCAGGUAGUUCCCGCUCUUAUCCAGUCGUUGCGGAACCAGAAGCGUGACAUCGUUUCUGGUACCUCGGAGUUGCUUCUCAGCUUUACUGCUGCCUUUGAGCAUAUUCCUUCGCAUCGUCGUCUGCGUCUGUUCCAUGCUUUGAUCACCAAGCUUGGUACCCAGGACUUCCUGUUCGCUGUUCUGGCUAUGCUCGCCAACAGAUACGCUGCAGACAAGGAUGUUUUGACCUUGAUGACUGGUUUGGUGUCGGAUGCUACUUCUACGGUUGAGCUUACCACAUACAGCAAGUACCUGAACUUGGUCACCGACUCCCUCUCCUCCAAGCCCAGCAUCUCCCAGGUCCUCCUCGGUAUCGGCAGCGAUGACGGCCGUGAACCACCAAAAGUCGCCGUCGACUUGCUCCGCGACUUGUCCCACCUCUUCAAGCACUCUUCCCUCAAGGUCAAGAUGGCCAAGACUUUCGCAUCGGAGGAAGACGACGCCCCUGCACAAAUCCGCGCCCUGUUCUCGCGCAUCCUGGAGCAGACCCUGUCCAUUGGCGACUCCGCACAGAACAUGAAGCCAGUCAGCCAGGCUGGCGGCGACGUCCUGGGCGCCCUCUUCGGCACCCUCUCCCUCAUCGACUUCCUGGAUACCAUCGAAGUCCUCCUGGAGCGCCCCAGCGAUGACCUCCGCCGCAAGGUCCUGCAGCUCUUGGAGGGUCGUCUGCGCCAAAACCCCGAGCGCGAUGGUGCUUCGCAAACCCGGAUGCUCGACUUCUUGCCUACUUUGGUCCGGAUUAUCCAGUCCUCGCCUGAUAUCCUGCUCAAGCACGCUGCUGUUUCGUGCGUUGACCGCAUUACCGACAAGUACGGCCGCAAGGAUCCCUCGAAGGUCAUCGAUGCCGCGCGAGUCGUUGCCAGCGGAGCAUGCAUUGGCCAGGAAGACGACCGCAUCCGCAUCAUGGGUGUGUUGUGUCUUGCAUCGAUGGCUGAGGUGCUUGGUGAAGCUAUGAUCCCGGCACUCCCCGAGACGCUCACUCGCUCGUUGGCGUUGCUCGAUAUCAGUUUGGAAGAGGGCAAGGAGAACUUGAGAUUGCACGACGCAGUGUUCUCGCUGUUCUCCGCGCUCUUCUUGCACCUCCCGUUCAUGGUCUCUGCCUCUCACCUCGACAAGGUCCUCCUGCUUUCCUUCAAGUCUGCUGAAGCCGGUAUCGAAGAGAGCAGCGACGAAAGCCGCCAAGAAGCCCUGCGGCUGAUGUCCAGAAAGGUCGACGUCGCCGCCACAUUCGGCGCCAUGGACCGCAACUGGUCUGCAGCCGUGGCCGCCGGCCCAGACGCCACCCGCGAAACCCUCGAAUCCCUCAGCCUUGCCAUCGAAAAGCACCCCAAGUCCGCAAUCAUGAAGAACCUCCCCGUCCUCUCCAACGUGCUCUUCAAGGCCUUUGACCUCCGCCGGGAACAGCUCACCUCCGGCUCCAAGACUUCCUUCGACCUGUCGGAUCUCGACGAGAUCGAGGAGCUUCUCAACGAGCUUACGAUCAAGAUGAUCUACAAGCUCAACGACACUUCCUUCCGACCUGUGUUUACGAAGUUGCUGGAGUGGGCUACGGCUGGGUUGCCGAAGAAGGAUGCGCAGGGUAAUCUGGCACGCUUGACGACGUUCUACAAGUUCUUGCAGGUUUUCUUUGGGUCGUUGCAGUCUAUUGUUACUGGCUACGCGAGCUACAUUAUCGAGAAUAUCGUCACUGUCCUCCAGACAGCCAAGCCAACGGACAAAAACUCCAAGCCUCUCUGGCUGGCAACCAUGCGCAUGCUCCAACAUGCCUUCGAGCAUGACCAAGACGAAUUCUGGCAAUCCCCCUCGCACCUCAACCAAAUAAUCACCCCCCUAAUCUCCCAACUCUCUCACGCAACAACCCCCUCCACAGCAACCGUAAUCACUACCGAAGCCAUCCCCGCCAUAACCGAGCUAGCCACCGCCGCCGACUCCACCGACAACCACAAAGAAAUCAACACCAUCCUCAUGCAAUACCUGCGCCCCUCCUCGGCCCUGAGUAACAAGAAGAAGGCCGGCGGCGACAACGCGCAUACGCGCGUUGCGGCACUGAAGGCUGAGCAGGCGCUUACGGAGGCGCUAGGGGAGGAGUGGUUGGCGUUGUUGCCAGAGAUGUUGCCGUAUAUUAGUGAGUUGAUGGAGGAUGAGGAUGAGGGUGUUGAGAAGGAGGUGAGGAAGUGGGUUAAGCAGAUUGAGGGGGUGUUGGGGGAGAAGUUGGAUGAUAUGUUGACUUAG